UAACUUACUUGAUCUAGGUUAUCUUGCUUUAAGAAACUCCGUAUUUGAAAUUUUGAUCAUGAACACAUUAAGUGGUGUUUAUUUACACUAUAAAGUAAUCUAGUUUUGCUAUAAAUAUUCUAUAUAUGUAACUUUGACAGUUUUCAGAUAGGGGAACCCUGAACAAAAUGGUAAUCAUGGCUCAUUGAAGACUUAUCAGGACUAAAGAUAAAGUAGCUCUAAAGUAAAGUAGAUUAUCAGAAAAUAAGAUUUAGAUCAUCUACCUCUUCAUAAAUACAUGCCAAAUUUAUAAUGCCAGAUGCAUCUUGAGUUGGCCGAAAUAUAUACUUUAAAUUGAAAUCAGCAUAAUGUUUUCUUUUCUAGGCACUAAGCGUCUUGUAGAAGGAGCUGUUAAUCCAGGAGAAACCUGUUUGAUCAUUGAAGAUGUCGUUACCAGUGGAUCUAGUGUUUUGGAAACUGUUGCGGUUCUUCAGAAGGAAGGCUUGAAAGUCACUGAUGCCAUAGUGCUGCUGGACAGGGAGCAAGGAGGCAAAGACAAGUUGCAGGCGCAUGGGAUCCAGCUUCACUCCGUGUGUACAUUGUCCAAAAUGCUGGAGAUUCUGGAGCAACAGAACAAAAUUGAUGCUGAGAUGGUUGAGAGAGUGAAGAGAUUUAUUCAGGAGAAUGUUUUUGUGGCAGCUAAUCAUAAUGAUUCACUUCUUCCUGUAAACAGAGCUGCUGGGGAACUCAGCUUUGGUGCACGCGCAGAGCUGCCCAGGAUCCACCCAGUUGCCUCAAAGCUUCUCAGGCUUAUGCAGAAGAAGGAGACCAAUCUUUGUCUGUCUGCUGAUAUUUCAGAGUCCAGAGAGCUGUUGCAGCUAGCAGAUGCUUUAGGACCCCACAUCUGCAUACUCAAGACUCAUGUAGAUAUUUUGAAUGAUUUUACUCUGGAUGUGAUGAAAGAGUUAACAACUCUGGCAAAACGCCAUGAGUUCUUAAUAUUUGAAGACCGGAAAUUUGCAGAUAUAGGAAACACAGUAAAAAAACAGUAUGAAGGUAAGCAUUAUUUAGGAAUCUGCAAAAAUAGAAAUUUAGCUUAAACUGCCUAAAGAACAAAAGGAAAUGUAUUGACUCCCA